GUUUCGUGAGUGUUCGUGAGUAUUCGUGAGCAUUCGGCGAAGGCUAGGCAAGGCUAAGCGAGUUUAGCGAUGCGAUGAGUAGCAAGUGGUAACGAGGAAACGCGUGACAGCGAGCUGACGACUCCAGGCGAUACUAAUACCAGGCGACACGAUCGGUGCUGAUCGGAACUCGAAACGAUCGUGGAGCUGUAUAUACGAGGAGCUGCGAGGAGCGAGGAGGAGCAACGCGGUUGGAUGCGGCAUAGCUCCGUGCUUCGUGGUCGUAUUUGCUGUGUGUUCGCUUCGUGGCUUAUUCGCUCGUGGCUUAUUCGCAUGGUUCUGGAGCAACGCGAGCACAACGUGAUCGGUGGUUCGUCGACGUGAUGACGUCAGAUCUCGAAGCAUAGGCCAAGAACGCGUUUCAAGCCGAGUAGGGCGUGAAAUCGUGCGUUCUCUCGCGUGCAUCGAAUGGAAAUACAUGUAAAUAACAACGGGCGCGCGUAACUCUUUUAUCCAUUAAUGUGGAUAAUAAUGUUCGGUGCUGUUUUAACGUGAUCGACAGUGAAUAGUACCAAUAGUGUACCAUGUUCCGCUGCAUUCCAAUUUUUAAAGGGUGUAACAGGCAGGUAGAAUACGUCGACAAGCGUCAUUGCUCUCUGCCGUGCGUCCCCGAUGAUAUCUUGCGAUACUCGAGGAGUUUGGAGGAGCUUCUACUAGAUGCGAAUCAUAUUCGUGAUCUGCCAAAAAAUUUCUUCCGACUUCAGAGAUUACGAAAGCUUGGCUUGAGCGACAAUGAGAUACAUCGUUUGCCACCGGACAUUCAAAAUUUCGAAAACCUCGUGGAGUUGGAUGUGUCCAGGAACGAUAUACCGGACAUUCCUGAAAAUAUCAAGAAUUUACAGGCGUUACAGGUGGCAGAUUUUAGCAGUAAUCCUAUUCCAAGGCUUCCAGCAGGAUUUGUGCAGCUAAGAAAUUUAACUGUACUUGGACUUAACGAUAUGUCUCUUACAAACUUGCCACAUGAUUUUGGAAGCUUGGAAGCAUUACAGUCAUUGGAAUUAAGAGAAAAUUUGCUCAAAUCCUUGCCUGAAUCGCUUUCCCAGCUUUUAAAGCUUGAACGGCUAGAUCUCGGUGACAAUGAGAUCGAAGAAUUGCCUGCACAUAUAGGAAAAUUACCAACGCUACAAGAAUUGUGGCUCGAUCACAAUCAAUUGCAACACUUGCCACCUGAAAUCGGCGAACUGAAAACACUGGCAUGUUUGGAUGUUUCGGAAAAUCGUUUGGAGGAUCUUCCUGAUGAGAUUGGUGGUCUCGAGUCAUUGACGGAUUUGCAUUUAUCACAAAAUGUUAUUGAAAAGUUACCUGACGGACUCGGCGAAUUAAAAAAGUUAACUAUCCUCAAAGUAGAUCAAAAUAGACUUUCUACCUUAAAUCCAAAUAUAGGAAGGUGUGAGAAUUUACAAGAGCUAAUUCUUACGGAGAAUUUUCUUUUAGAGCUACCAUUGUCUAUAGGCAAACUGUACAAUUUAAAUAAUUUGAAUGUUGAUAGAAAUAGCUUGCAGUCUUUACCGAUAGAAAUUGGUAACCUAAAAAAGUUGGGUGUAUUGUCUUUAAGAGACAAUAAAUUACAAUAUCUACCGGUUGAAGUGGGACAAUGUACUGCUCUUCAUGUCUUAGAUGUUUCUGGCAACAGAUUACAUUAUUUACCAUAUUCCUUAAUCAAUUUGAAUCUGAAAGCGGUAUGGUUAAGUGAAAAUCAAGCACAACCAAUGUUAACGUUUCAAACAGACGUUGAUGAAGAAACGGGACAAGAAGUAUUAACAUGUUUUCUUUUACCACAAUUGGAAUUUCAUCCUGAUGAUUCAGGUAAAUUGGGAAUGUUAGUUGGCAUAAGAAAUGUUCAAGGUUGUGAAAUGCGUGAGCUGACAAGCAGUGAUGAUGAAGGUUGGCAAGAAAGAGAAGCAUCAAGAACGCAUUCCGUAAAAUUUACUGAUGAGCCACCAGAAGCCGAUAAAGAGAUUCCAUUUAUACGUCAAAAUACACCACAUCCGAAAGAGUUAAAAGCUAAAGCGCAUAAGUUAUUUAGCAAAGGAAAAAGUGAAAGUCGAUCAGAAUCUACAGAUGAACAGGAUGUUUCUCAAACAUUUGGAUUGGACAAAACAGAAUCGGAAUCAUUAGUUAAUCCUGUAGAUAUGCCACAAUCUGUUUCUGAACAAGAGGAACAUGUAAAAUGCAGUAUUGCACAAGAGCAUCGUAAAACACCAACAUUUGGUAUUGACUCUGAUAACACAGAUAUUCAACUUAAUAAAGAAAGGGAUAAUUUUUCAACUCAAUAUUCUACAGAAUUUCACACAAAUGCAAGUACUGAAAAUUCUGUCCCAGAAUCAAAAGAAAAAGAUGAAGAAGAAUUUGAAAAUGAAGAUGUGCAAAGACAUGUUGAAUUUAAUAUUGUAGAAGAUGCAAAUAAUGAAGAUGUUUAUGAUUCGAAUAAGCCCAAUAAACUUCAACGUAGAGAUACUCCACAUCAUUUGAAAAAUAAACGCAUUCAUACGACAGUUGACAAAGAAAAAGUCGCUUCUAUUAUUGCACAGGCACUUAUGAAAAAAGAUGAGACUCCUAUAUCCUUACCACAAGUAGAAUCAAUGGAAACAUUCGACACACAUAGUCAAGAUGCAGCAUCUGAUAUCGAACCAACAUUAGAAAUACGGGAAGAGCAAUAUGAAAUUCAUAUAGAAAGAACGACAGGUGGAUUAGGCUUGUCAAUAGCAGGUGGUAUCGGAUCGACACCUUUUAAAGGCGAUGAUGAAGGCAUUUUUAUUUCAAGAGUUACCGAAGGUGGACCUGCAGACUUGGCUGGGUUAAGGAUAGGAGAUAAAGUAAUAUCUGUAAAUGGAGUGUCGGUAGUAAAUGUAGAUCAUUAUGAUGCUGUGGAAGUAUUAAAAGCAUGUGGACGUGUACUUAUAUUGGUUGUUAUAAGAGAAGUUACAAGAAUAGUUCCGCCAUAUGAGCAGGCACCAAUGAGAAAAGAUUCCGUAUGCUCUAGUUUAAGUACAAGUAGAGCACCAAGCGCAACAUCUUACGUUUCAUCUACAGCAUUGUCACAUACAUUGGAAAAUGGCGAUACAUCUGUGUCUCAUGAAAGUACAAAGCAAAAAAAAUUACCUGACCCUCUAACCACCGUAAAAGAUAGUGAACCUAUGGUUUCUGUUCUCUUUCACACAACAUUAAUACGAGAUCAAAAUGGGCUUGGAUUCAGUAUUGCCGGUGGAGAAGGUUCGCCAUCCUUUAAGGAUAAUAGCGAUGCAAUUUUUAUCUCAAGAAUAACAGAUGGUGGAGUUGCCCAGAAAGAUGGUAAAUUAUUAAUCGGAGACAAAGUAAUAUCCAUUAACGGAGUAGAUAUGAGAGGAGCGAAACAUGAACAAGCAGUGGCUUUACUUACUGGCUUGGAAAGAUUUGUUCGAUUAGUAGUCGAACGGGAAAUACCACUUUCUCAAGCGAAUCUUGCCACUCCUGUUGUAACUCCUUCUGAAAAAUCGCCACGUGUUAUAGGUACGCCAAAACCUUAUACAGGCUUGUAUAAUGCCAAUAGUUAUAUGGCAAAUAGACCUGGAUAUGGCGGAUAUCGUCGCUCUAUGGAUGCCGAUAAAGCAUUGACACCGAGUCCUACUUUAAAAACGCCACCAUCACCAUCGACAUUAGCUAUGAAAUCCGAUGUUAGUGAGAUACCUAAAAUGAACGGCGUAACUGAGUCAGGAAAUACUCUGAAGAAUGUUUCACCAAUUUCUCCCAGCCCGACAAAUAAUCAAACAUAUCCACAGCCGGUUCCAAGACAUAGCGUUUCACAGAUGUCACCUACAAAUAAUACUGGCUCUGCGACUAUGACUCCUCAUGUAGAGCCUAGACCAGUGUCUCCGCAGGAAGACAUACAGGUACCGAAGCCAAUCACCAACGAGGAAUUUCAAGCUAUGAUCCCCGCUCAUUUCCUUCGACCUCCAACAUCCUCGCCUUCACCAGACUCCCAUCAGGGCCCGAUUGUAACAGUGACGAUAAAGCAGCCCGAUACUUUGCCUGGAGAUGUUAAUUUUCCUCCAGCUCCUACUACACUCGGUAAAGUUACUGAGACCAUCACAAAGAGUACACUCACCGAGACCGUCGUAACUAGGGUGACUGACAACCAAUUGGUGCAACCACUUAUUAUUGAGGAUGUUGUCCUUGUCAAAGAAGGCUCCUUGGGGUUUAGUAUCAUAGGAGGAACCGAUCAUUCCUGUACACCGUUUGGUGCAAAGGAACCGGGAAUUUUCAUAUCUCAUGUUGUUCCUGGUGGUAUAGCAGCCAAGUCUGGUAAACUGAGAAUGGGUGAUAGGAUAUUAAAGGUGAAUGGUACAGAUGUGACAAAGGCUACACAUCAAGAAGCAGUAGUGGAACUUUUGAAACCAGGAGAUCAAAUCGUGCUUACCAUUCAACACGAUCCACUUCCAGAAAGUUAUCAGCUGGUCGAAAUAGAGUACAUCCCUGUGACAGAAUUAGUGAUAACAAAGGAAGCAGGUGAGAAACUUGGUAUGCACAUUAAAGGGGGACGAAGAGGACAAAAGGGUAAUCCUCUCGAUCAUACCGAUGAAGGAGUUUUCAUAUCGAAGAUUAAUUCAGGAGGUGCAGCUAAGAGAGAUGGACGAUUGAAAGUUGGAAUGAGAUUACUGGAAGUCAAUGGUACAUCAUUGCUAGGGGCAAGUCAUCAAGAAGCUGUUAAAAUCCUUCGGAGCUCAGGGAAUACUAUUACGUUGGUUGUGUGUAAAGGUUACGAUAAAAAUGAAAUUGAGUCAAUAUUAACAUUGUCCGAUGGUAGAGAUAAUAAGGAAAUUAAAGCGUCUCACGAAUCGAAAAAUCCGACAACAGAUGAUACUAAAUCUCUAUCACAAAGUGUAUCCAGUUUAGAUCGGGACGAUGAGGAAGCUGCGAUUCUUAGACAAGAACAAGAAAUGAAAGCUGAACUCGUUGCUUGGGAACAAGAGGAACGAGAACGUGCGCUUGUAGAACAAAGAGAGAAAUCCACACCUGAAAAGGUAUUGGAUGUUGUACGCGCGGCAGAAUCCUUAGUAAGCAAAUCAAAUAGUCCUGUUGAUAUAGUUGUACCACCGAAGUCACCUGGGGGCACUAAAGAUCUCAAAACUACCACAAUUGUUAUGAGUAAACAUACACUAGCACCUCAGAAUCCUAAUAACUCAAGAACGAAUGAGAAACCUGGAACAUCGAAGGAUUUUUCUUCAUCCAAGUCAUCUACGAUCUCUGAUCUCCCUAAGACAACGAAUUUCGAACGAUCUACUUCUAUGCAAACUUUACCUUCUCGAACGAAAAAAAAAUCUUUACCAAAACGCAGUAUUACAUUUGCUGAUUUGCCACCGACUUUAAAAAAGAGUUCCGAUUCCAUCGUUUAUCCAUCCCAUGUCAAACCUAUGCUAUCUAUAACUAAACAACCAAUUCGGCAAGAAAUAUCUACUUCCCUUCCUGGAAUUAUUUCCUGUCAAACAUCUGCACGUUCCCAACUUCCCCCGACGCCUCUAACUGCUCCUGAAUGCUGGGGAAAUCUUGACACUUCGGCUUCUAUUACCAAACAACAGAUAGCACGUUCUGUUGAUGGAAUUUUUCAGGUUGAGCAAUCUCCAACUUCAUCUCCAACACCACCAUUGACGAAAAUGUCAGUCAGCGAUAAAAAAAAAUUAUUUGAAAGUGUCAUAGAAGAACAUUUAAAACCAUCGCCUAAAUCAGAUAAAAUAUUCAGUUUUUUGAGUCAGGAUGAGGUGGAAAAGAUGAGACAAGAGGAAGAGAAAAAAAUUGCAACUUUGACCCGAGACGAACUUAAAUCAUGGGCACAACUUGAUGAAAACGAAGGUCUCGAAGAUUUGGACACAAUAAAUCAGGAUAAUGGACGACCUAAUAGCCGACUGAGUUCGCGAACUUCGAUCCCUCUUAUCCAGAAUGUUCCCAGCAGUGUGAGGACAGCAAAAGCGGAACGUCGUUUGAAAGAACGUUUAAUACAAGAGGGUCUUAUUUCGGACGAAGAUGAAGAACAUCUUUUAAGCCUUGCAGAACAGCGAACACUGAGAGCGGAGAAACGUGCUGCUUGGCGACAAGCGCGUCUUAAAUCUCUCGAGCAGGAUGCGCUACAGGCACAGAUGGUGAUUAAAAAAAUGAAUGAAAUAAUGGAUACCACUAAUAAAGAGGAAGAUGCGCAAGAUACGACAAACUUAACUGAUCCUGCCUCCGAUCAGGAGAAGACAGUCGAAUUUGCUACGUUACGGCCAUCUAGCGCAGAUUUUCCUAAGCUCGCUGUGCGCAGUAAAGUGGGUCCUCCUAAAGAGAUACGCGAAUCUGAGAAAGUAGUGGACGAGAAGGUCACUCGGCGUACCGAGGAAUAUCUUGAUGAAGUGACGGGCGAACGUCGUGUACGAACUGUUGAAUACGUCGAGAAGCUCAUUGAGCGUCAGGUGGAAACUUUAAGGGAGAAGAUUAUAUCAUUGGAAUUAAGUAAUGCGGAAGAGGAUGUGGAAAGUAUAACUGGUACUGGUGCGAGCGAUGCAGAAAGUGAAAGUGAAGAUACUGCGGGACAAAAUACGACUGUUAGUACUACAAAAGAAAAAGUAGAUUUUCAUUCUACAAGUGAUACAACUGAAAUUGCGAAUGAAACUUCUACUAAAACAAAUGCAAAUAUUACUGUUGCAUCUACAAAGAAAAAGAAACGUAAGCGAUCAAAGAAAGGUCGUCACUGACAAAAUAUUUUAAUAUUUUAAUGAGUAUUUUAAUAGGUACAAAAAAGAUUGAUGUUAAAGAGACUUGAAUAAAAAUCAACAAAAUUUUUACUAUUCCAUUAUGUUACUGUUACACAAAUUUAUUGUGUAAUACCAUAAUAUUCUACAUGAAUAUGCAUACAUUUAUGCUAAACAUAAAUAUAAAUUAUAUUAUGCGUAUAUAUGCACAUUUAUAUCUGUAUACUUUAGAGUAUAUUUAAUCAACUAUUUCAGUAUAUCGGUACGUAUUACCAUGACGUAAGCGUGCCUGUAUAUUUUGUUUUUUUUCUCACAAAUAUAAUAAGUAAUAUAACUAUAACAAAAAUCAUAAUCUGAUUCUAGAUGAACAUAUUGUAUUUUAAUGAAAACAUAAUAGAUACUUCGUGUAAUUAACCUACUGAAUACGACGUCUGUUAUUUAUUAUCUAUACAAUAUAUCUACUACAGAAAUAUAACCAUCAUUUUUUAAUUACAUUUUGUAUACGUAUCAUCCAUGUAAUACAAUUUCACGAAUCUAAUGUGUAACAUAAAUUAAUGAUUUUCAUUAUUUUUAUAUUAAUCUCAUGUUACUAAUUUUCAUAUAUCGUCUAUGUAUUUUACCGUUAAUUCACAUUUUAUUUCAUCCUAUACCAAUACACCUAGAAUUUGACUAAAGAUUCAGAGAUGAAAUUAGAGAUUUUCAAAAAAUGAUUAAUAUCUUAGUAUCAAAUACAUAGUGGAAAAUUAUAAUG